AUGAAUCGGACAUCACCAACAACGAUAGCUACCCAUCACAAUUUGUGUUUUCUCUCGGACUUCACCGUUCGAACAUCGCACCACAACAGCACCUGCAUCUGCUGCAUCUUCUCCAUCAUUGUGUUUUGGUUCUGGAAACCUCUCUCUUUUUGUAGCAGAAGGCACGAUCUCAACUUCUUGGAAUUGUUUGUUCUAUUUACUGAAGAAAGCAGGAAUCAAGUAACAUUCCGAGCUGCAAAUGGUGUAACUACUGCUCUACCAUUUUUGGUCUUCGAUAUCCAUCGUCCAGGUUCAUUCAGAGGAAGUGACCAGCUGGUUGAAGUAUCAAAGAGUGGGAUGGUUACCAGUUCUUUGGGAUCUCAAUAUCACGUUCAAUAUGAUGCAAAAUGUGAUGUUUUUGGAGCUUUAUGGAGGGUUUUAGGAGCUAAUAGUUCUGCUCAUAGAGUAUUUGCAAUUGAGGGGUGGAUUAUUCUGGUUACUGGGGUACAUGAAGAAGCCCAAGAAGACGACUUACAAAACACAUUUGGGGAGUUUGGUGAGAUUAAGAACUUGCAUCUAAAUAUGGAUUGCAGAACUGGUUUUGUCAACGGGUAUGCACUGAUUGAGUAUGAAAGCUUUGAGGAAGCAAAGAAAGCUAUAGCUGCAAUGGAUGGAGGUGAGCUGCUGACUCAGAAUGUGAAUGUUGAUUGGGCAUUCAAGAUGUUGGCAGAGUUGUCAAGAAGAGAAAAAGAUGCAAAUAUUAAGCCUAAUUCUGACAUCGAUAUUUACAUGAAGGCUGCUGCAACAGCAGGAAAAGAAGCUAGUGUGGUCACAGAUUAUACUCUCAAGAACAAAUUCCACCAGAAUCCUGCUGAACUGGUUGAAGAUGUUAUUGAUGACUCUCCUUCCACUUCACUUCAAAUACAAAAUUCAUCUCAAACCAAUUUCCAAACUAGACAAGAAUGGGCAGCUAUACGAAUCCAACCAGCUUUUCGAGGAAGUUUGGCUAGGCGGGCCCUACGAGCUUUAAAAGGAUUGGUGAGGCUACAGGCUCUUGUGAGGGUGGUGUGA